AUGCAUCUGGCCUUUGACAGCAUGCUCCAGGCCUUGGACAAUGUGCCGUUGCUGCUCUACAUCCUGGCGCUGAAGACUCUGCUCUUGUGUUUGGCUUUUGCUGCAGCGAAAAUCUACCAGACUAAAAAAGCUGAGAAGGAGAUGAAGAAACAAGAGGAGGAGAAACUGCGGCUGGCUCAGAAAACACAGCAACUGAUCGACGAGCUGGACUCCAAGAAGGACAACUGA